CAAUAAACACAAAGAGGAAGAAGAAAUCAAACCGUUGCACCGGGGACGGAUUUUAGGGACGUACCGCUUCAGGAAGUUUGUCGCGUGCGGCGCGUUUUGCUUGUGUACAUGUUCAACUAACCACGCCAAGGCACCUUUUAUGUUGAAAAUAUAAAUAAAGCCGCCGUAGUCAGUGGUUGAGACGGGCACGAUGGAGAAAGAAACCCCCGCUAAAAAGGCAGCAGCGCCUUCUGUGUCCCAGAUAAACGCCGAAUAUGUGACACAGUUGGCUAAUAAAUAUUGGGCUCCUCAUGUCAAGGAUAAAUUACCCUUUGACCCUAAGGUGAUGGAAGAUAUUUAUGACAAAGAGGUUCUGAAGUCUAAAUUUGCCAUCAGAAAAAUUAUGCUGCUUGAGUUCAGCCAGUACCUUGAGAACUACCUUUGGGUGAACUACACUCCUGAGGUGUCCAGCAAUGCCUACAUCAUGUCCAUUUGUUGCAUUGUCAAUGAGAAGUUCAGGGAAAAUGUGCCAGCUUGGGAGGUGUUUAAGAAGGAGCCCGGUCACUUUCCAUUUUUCUUCAAAUGUGUCAUGGAAGCUGUGUUGGCGGGCGAAGAGGCUGGCUUUACUUUGAAGGAACAAACUGUUCUGCUGGUUUUCUUAGACCAUUGCUUUAACAGUCUGGAGGUAGAUUUGAUCAGAGAACAGGUGCAGCAGCUCAUCUCCUUGCCAAUGUGGAUGUGUCUUCUUCCAUCCAGACUCCAGCUGGAGCUGAAGAAAGUUCCGAAGUUGCAGAAGUUUUGGAAUCUAAUCAAGAAGAAAUUUGAUAAGAUGGACGCUGCUGCGAUGGAACAAGCAAAGAAGGAGAGGACCUUCCUCUCGGCUCUUAUUAAAAAGUUUCGGGGAGUCCUCAUGUCAAUUCCACCCUCAGAAACUAUAUCCAUGGAUAAGGUACAUUACUGCGAGAGAUUCAUUGAGCUCAUGAUUGAUUUGGAGGCCCUGCUUCCCACCAGGCGCUGGUUUAACACUGUGCUGGAUGAUUCCCACUUGUUGGUAAACUGCCACCUGUCCAGCCUCCUGCAGAGAGAGAAGGAAGGACACCUGUUCUGCCAGUUGUUGGACAUGCUGAAGUUCUACACGGGUUUUGAAAUCAAUGACCAGACAGGAAUCGCCCUGACUCAGAAAGAGAUGACUACGCUGCACUACGACAGAAUCACCUCCCUGCAGAGGGCGGCCUUUGCUAAUUUCCCAGAGCUGCACGACUUUGCUCUGUCCAACGUAGCGGCGGUAGACACUCGAGAAUUCCUGACCAAACACUUUGGGCAUCUCAGUCCAAAUAUGCUCCACAAGGUGGCCUCGUACUUGUGUCUCCUUCCAGACUUGCCUGAAGGGCAAGACACCACGUAUGAGAAGGAGUUCCUCCUCGAGGUGCUGGUGUCCCGUCAUGAACGCAGAAUCUCUCAGAUUGAGCAACUUAAUCUGAUGCCCCUUUAUCCAACGGAGAAGAUAAUCUGGGAUGAGAACAUUGUCCCAACAGAGUACUACUCAGGCGAAGGCUGCCUGGCACUGCCCAAGCUGAAUCUGCAGUUCCUGACCCUCCAUGACUACCUGUUGAGGAACUUUAACCUCUUCCGUCUGGAGUCCACUUAUGAGAUCAGACAGGACAUAGAAGACGUAGUGUGGCGAAUGAAGCCAUGGCAAUCGGAGUACGGUGGAGUGGUGUUUGGCGGCUGGGCCAGAAUGGCUCAGACGAUCACCACUUUCUCCAUAGUAGAGGUUGCUAAGCCCAACAUUGGAGAGAGCUGGCCCGCUCGUGUCCGUGCUGAUGUCACACUCAACCUCAAUGUGCAAGAUCAUAUCAAGCAUGAGUGGGAAGGGCUGCGUAAGCACGAUGUUUGCUUUCUGAUCACGGUGCGGCCAAACCUGCCUUACGGCACACGCUUCGACCGGCGCCAGUCCUUUGUGGAGCAGACAGGCCUGGUGUACGUGAGGGGCUGCGAGGUACAGGGUAUGCUGGAUGACAAGGGACGUGUCAUUGAGGAAGGACCGGAGCCAAGGCCUAAGCUACGAGGAGACUCCAGAACAUUCCGCGUUUGGCUGGACCCAAACCAGUAUCAACAGGACAUGACCAGCAUCAUUCAAAGCGGCGCUGAAGACCCGUAUGAGACUUUCAACGUCAUAAUGAGACGAAAACCCAAGGAGAACAACUUCAAGGCAGUGCUCGAGACCAUCAGAAACCUGAUGAACACUGAGUGUGUUGUCCCAGACUGGCUUCAUGACAUUAUCUUAGGCUAUGGAGAUCCAGGCAGUGCCCACUAUUCUAAAAUGCCCAAUCAGAUUUCCACUUUGGAUUUCAAUGACACAUUUCUGUCCCUGGAUCACUUGCGUUCAUGUUUCCCAGGCUAUGGCAUAAAGGUCACCGAGGAGAACCUGGACCUGCAGGUCCCUCCAUUUAGAAUCAAGUUUCCCAUCUCAAACAAAACAGAUAAAGGGAAGAAGAGGAAGGCUGGUGAAGAAGUGGAAGACAAAGAUGAGGACAAGACCUUGGUAGUUGAGCCCUAUGUCACCCCCAACCGUGGUCCACAUCCCUACAACCAGCCAAAAAGGAAUACAAUUCAGUUUACUCCUACUCAGAUUGAAGCCAUUCGAGCUGGAAUGCAGCCAGGACUCACCAUGGUUGUAGGACCACCAGGAACCGGAAAGACUGACGUUGCGGUGCAGAUCAUCUCAAACCUCUAUCACAACUUUCCUGAUCAGAGAACCCUCAUAGUUACACACUCAAACCAGGCUCUGAACCAGCUGUUUGAAAAGAUCAUGGCUCUAGAUAUCGACGAGCGCCACCUCCUGCGUCUGGGCCAUGGAGAGGAGGAGCUGGAGACUGAGAAAGACUUUAGCAGGUAUGGCAGAGUUAACUAUGUCUUAGCCAGAAGGCUGGAGCUGCUCAGAGAGGUUGGGCGAUUACAGGAGAGCCUUGAUGUGCCAGGAGAUGUUUCCUACACAUGUGAGACAGCUGGACACUUCUACCUCUACCAGGUGAUAUCCCGCUGGGAAGAGUACAUGAGCAAAGUGAGGCCUAAACAAGGCAAGGAGGUGAAGGUGGAGGACGUGGCUGCACACUUUCCCUUCCACAAGUACUUCUCCAACGCUCCCCAACCUGUGUUCAAGGGACGAACCUACGAGGAGGAAAUGGACAUUGCAGAGGGCUGCUUCCGCCACAUUAAGAAAAUAUUCACCCAGCUGGAGGAAUUUAGAGCCUUCGAGCUGCUGAGGAGUGGACUGGACCGCUCUAAGUAUCUGCUGGUGAAGGAAGCUAAAAUCAUCGCCAUGACCUGCACACACGCUGCACUCAAACGCCAUGACCUGGUGGAGCUGGGAUUCAAGUAUGACAAUAUCCUGAUGGAAGAAGCUGCUCAGAUUCUGGAGAUUGAGACCUUCAUUCCUCUACUUUUACAGAACCCCGAGGAUGGCUACAGCCGGCUGAAGCGAUGGAUCAUGAUUGGAGAUCACCACCAGCUGCCACCGGUUAUCAAGAACAUGGCCUUUCAGAAGUACUCCAACAUGGAGCAAAGUCUCUUCACCCGGUUUGUGCGUCUGGGCGUGCCCACCAUAGAUCUGGAUGCGCAGGGACGUGCACGUGCUAGCCUGUGUAAUCUGUACAACUGGCGCUACAAACACCUGGGGAACCUGCCUCAUGUUCAGCAGCUACCCGAGUUCCAGGUCCCCAACCCUGGCCUGACCUUUGACUUCCAGCUAAUCAAUGUGGAGGACUUCAAUGGGGUGGGAGAAACUGAGCCCAAUCCCUACUUUUACCAGAACCUGGCAGAAGCAGAGUAUUCUGUGGCCUUAUACAUGUACAUGCGUCUGCUGGGCUACCCUGCCGACCGCAUCAGCAUCCUCACGACCUACAAUGGACAGAAACACCUCAUCCGGGACGUCAUCAAUCAGCGCUGUGCUGGGAAUCCCUUCUUCGGACAGCCCAACAAGGUGACGACGGUGGACAGGUUCCAGGGUCAGCAGAACGACUACAUCAUCCUGUCACUGGUCCGCACCAAAGCUGUGGGACACCUGAGGGACGUGAGGCGUCUCGUGGUGGCCAUGUCGCGAGCCAGACUGGGUCUGUACAUCUUCGCCCGCGUCUCGUUGUUCCAGAACUGCUUUGAGCUAACUCCAGCCUUCAACCAACUCACUGCCAGACCUCUGCAGCUGCAUAUCAGACCACAUGAGUACUACAACCAGCAACAGCCUAGGGAUUCUUCUGGGCAGCCAGACCACAUCGUCAACAACAUGCCUGAGAUGGCCAACCUCGUGUAUAAUAUGUACAUGCACAUGAUGCAGACCUCUCAGAUGUACAGACAGCAACAACAGCAGAAACUGGCUCUACCUCCACAACAGGCCGACAAAGAAGAUGAUGUUGUGGAGAAGGAAGAGGCAGCGAGUUCAGGGGAACAGGAAGAAACCCCCAUGGAGCAGGAGAACCCAGACGGAGAGGCAAGCUCGGUGCCAGACUCAGCGGACGCCGGUGCGAAAGAAGAGAACAAAGACGCAGCGGACCAUUCUAAGAUGCCGGAACACCCUGGGAGAGACAGUGACAGCGAGGGGGAGAACAGUGGAGAGGAGCAGUAAGGCGGCCUCACCAUGAACUAAUGGCCUCAGAGCUCGGCCCCUUAAGAUUAUAGUUUUGUUUUCUACUGUAAGAAGAUGAUGAUCCUGAUCAUUUUAUUCAUUUUGUAACAGAUUUUUGCAUUAAACCAUUAAAAUCAUCGGCUUCAUCUCUUUCUCUCGCAAACACCAGUUUGUAAUAAGCACCUUUAACUAUUAACACAACGAUGAGCCCACCCGUUGAUCUACUGUACGUCCAAAUCAGCUAAAGGCACUAGUCUGAUCUGAUUGGCUGAGCCUGCACCAGCUACACAAGCUGCGACUAAACUGCAUUUUUAGGUCACUUCACCCAAGGGCCAGUUUGCAUGCUGGGGGCUUUCAACUCGCCCCCUGGAUGUACUCAACCACUCAACCAGCAAGCCCCACAUCCUGUGCCAUUCAUAACUUCACCUGGCUGCGGAGGAUUCACAAUCUGAAGUUAAUAAUCGGAGGCUUUAAUUGAAGUGAUGGUCCUUUAAAUAUUAACCCGCCUAAAACUGAAGAGGUAACGGAGCAAAAACAGACAGGAAUUUCCUUCAUGCACCAGAAGUUGGUGGUGGUUACAUCAUACCUCAGGCGGACUGAGCAAACAGGUCAGCUGCACAGCUGCUCUCGCCAGGGCCAGUUGAGAAGCCUGAUGGAGAAGCAUCUGUUGAUGAAUUUGGAGAGACGUUUUGGACUCGUGCUACUUCUUCCGUCUCGGGGCUGAGGCAGUAGGUUGAGGUUCGCAUUCUGUAGCUGUGGUCUGGGCCUUUCACUGUCUGCAGAAACAACAGGAAGGAGACACUGCACGUAUAAAUGAUUAACAGCCCAAUGUAAUGUUUAAACUGACACAAGACUUCCAUAUGCAGCGUUUUACUGUUUUAGCAAUCUGCAUCAUCCUCUCUAAACCCGUGACGCCUCGGUUUCUCCAGAGUCACAUGAACGCGCGCAUUGUGUAACAUCCUGCCUCUGUUGGACAUUCCUUUCUGCUUUCUCGCAGCUGACAUCGUAAUUCGGCUGCAGCCUCGUAGUGAAUUAGAGUUAACUGGUGGGAAGUGGCUCCUGCGCGCACACAACCUCUCUGGAUUUGGGUGACUGGACAGAAAAGCUACAAGCGAGAAGGGAGUCGGAGUCUACGUCCAAACGUUCCUCUGCUGAAGGUGAACAUGUCUUUUAUAGUCGCGCGACAGACUAGGAUGGCCACCUGUGGGUCGUGCUUCUGGUGCAUCAUCUGGCUGGUGAUCCUCCUGUGCAUUGGCUGGCCCCUGGGCAUCACUCUAGGGGGUCUGUAUGGCCUCAUCAGCCCCCUGACCACCUGCCUCGGCAUGGACGGACUCUCUGACCUGCUCCUGCAGGGAGCCAACCUGGGCCGCACCUGCGCCAACAACAUGAGGCACAGCAAGCCUCUGUGCUGAGAUCCACGUCCUGAGCGACCGGGACCAGACGACGGCAGAACAAACGGAUCAGCGGAGAAAAGGCUUCAGGACAAACUGUUCAUGUCUGUUUUCUGAGUCAUUGUGAAAUGACUGACCUUCAGUACAGUGGGAAACUUCACAGCAGCGUAACAAAAAUAUCUGGAAGGUCUAGAAAAUGGAUCCCACUGGUUUUGUUAACAUGUAAUUAACCGUGGAUUUCAAAUUUAUAUGGGAAGGAAAGCGGCUUUGUGUCCAUGGUCCGUGUUUACUGUUUAAUUCACUGCAUGGAGACGAUAAGAAUGAAAAUAGCAAUUUAACAAUGGAAAUGCUUAGACUUGUAAAUGACUGUAUGGAAACUUAUAAUGCGAUUAAAACUGCUUUGAACUUGA